UCUAGAUAGUAGAGACAACUCAGACAAGCCAUGAAGAAGAGAUUUCAAAUGAUGACUAGUGAUCCCAACAUCCAGCGCAAAGAGAGUGCUUUAAAGAAGCUGGAAAAGGCAACGAAGCUGGAUAAUUCAAAUUCAAAUCAAAAGGAAGAGGCUUAUGAGCUUUAUAUGGAGGCAUUAGAGGACGCGGGCGUUUAUCUCUUCUUUGAGAAGGACCCGGAGAUUAAGAAGAAGUAUAGGCAGAAAUAUGUGGGCCAUUAUAUAAGGGCAACAUAAAUAAGAGACAGUCAAUACGUUCAAGAAUCCUAUUUGUCUCAUAGAGCAGAAGUCGGUCUUGGCCUUACAGACUCGUCCUUGAAGUUGAGUGAU